GCUGUCGCCGCGUUGAACGGAAAGUAUUUUCCAGUCUUGCUCUUUCCCCGAGCCAGGCAUGACGGCUCGUUCUGCUUCCUCCCACGACUCCACCAUGCGUGACUCGUAAUCAUUGCCCUGAGAUUCGGUUGUCGUGUGAUGAUUGGAAUCCAAAACCAGCGUUUCCGUUGCCUCGCGAUACUGAGAGAAAACGUCGUCUCGGGCCAGACCACCUUAUCUUACUGCGACAAGCUCCCUCAAGGCCGCGUUCGUAUCAGUUCCUUUCUUCGUCACUCGCGACGUUCUUCCGCCAGCCCGGUUGAUCGAUUCCAAAUCUGUCCCGACCAACCAAACAAAAUUUGCCAGACGAUUUUAUACGGUUUCCCAUAAGCUAGGCGAACUUUCCCAAGACCUCUCUCCUCUUGCCAUCCAGUCUCCGCCGAUCUUUCGUCCGCUCCCGCCAUCUCCCCAUGGCUGAUCGCGCUGUCGCGCUGCCACCCGCAGCAGCGGCGGCGGGGUGCGCGUGCGCGUGUCACGGGGAGUGGUCGGCGGCGGUGGUGGCGCUGCGGCAGCUGGAGGAGUGGCAGGGGCGCGCCGCGCAGUACAUCGCCCUCCUGGAAAACGAGAAAGCUGCAGCCGACGCGCAGGUGGCGCAGCUGCAGGAGACGCGCGCCACGGAGGCCCGAGCGUGGGAGGAGCGGGUGAGGGUGGCGGAGGGGGCAGUAGCGCACAUGGAGGAGGAGAGGAGGAAGGAGGGGGAGAGAGUGGAGGAGGAGAGGAGGAGGGAGGGGGAGAGAGUGAGGGAGCAGGCAGAGAGGAUAGCGAGGCUGAGGGAGGUGCACCUGCAGACGAGGCUGGGCCUUCAGCAGCAGGAGAUGAUACGGCGCGACAGAGCAGCCAUGGAGAUCCACGCGUUUUGGCAGGAGGCGGUGCGGGAGAGGAACGAGGCGCUGAUGGGGACGAAGCAGGCGCAGAGGGAGCUGAGGAGCCGAGACCAGGCGGACAAGGAGAAGGCGGAGGUGACCAAGGCUCUGAUGAGGCAGUGCGAGGAGUGCCGGAAGGAGAAGGACAGCGCGCUGCUGGCUCUGGCUGGCGUCAAGAAGGAGAACGAGGCUCUUGAGGUCAACCUGCAGCGACAGGGCAAGGUGAUAGAGCGGCUGAUUGACUUGAACUCGGAGCUGGUGGAGGGCAACGAGGCGCUGCAGCACAGGCAGCGCGAGCUGGAGGGGAGGGCGGCGGAGAUGGGUGCUGAGGUGCAGGCCCUGCGAAGACGAGUGGGGGACGUGGCGGGGGGAGGAGAAAGAGGAGACAGCGAUGGAGAAGGAGAGAGGCAGCAAGAAGGGCGCGAGCAGCAAGAGGGACGGCAGGUUGAGGGGGUGGACGGAGAGGAAGGAAGGGGGCAGCACUGGCGAAGGGAUGAGCAGGGGAGCAGCAGGAGCGUGGUGAGGAGUGAGGGCGCAGGGGGUGGUGGGACGGAUGAGAGUUCAGGUGGAGGGGGUCUGGGAGUGACUGAGAGCGGCAGAGGGGAAGCAGGGGAGGAGGAUGGGGAGGAUGGGCCGGUUCCUGUGUCGUCCUUCCCUACAGAGCAGCCCACCUCGUUACAAUCACAUGCAGCUGCUUCGCUUGGUGAAAGCCAGCAAACAUCACCCUCGUUCUUUGCCUUUUUCUCAAGUAAGCCUGCUGCUGUUGCUGCUGCGGCCCCCAUGGCACCACCAUCAGAAACCCCCAUAGCCCAUCAUGGUGCUGGCAGUCCCCCGCCCGGCCCUAUUAAUCCAGCAGCAGCCAGUGCUCGUGUGCUCUCCAGCAGCAGUGGUGAAGCGCCGGUUGCAGUAAGCACAGGAUCAGAGUCAGUGGAGCAGCGGGGAGGUGGUGCUGGUGGGGGGGCAAGAGAGGAACGCACAGCAGGGGAGUGUGAAAGGGAGCAUGUGGAUGGGCGGGAAGGUGGUGAUAGGGAAGGAGUGAGAAAUGGUGGGGGGGAAUGGGCAAGGGAGCAGGCAGCAGCAAGUACUAGUCAGCAGCAGCAGCAGCAGUUAGCUUCAGGCUGUCCGUCCAUAGAUCGUGGUUCUGGUGAGAGUAGUGACAACUGCACCAGUACUCAAGCUCCCUCGGCUGCUACACCUGCUGUCACUGCAGCCGCCAUAGCUCUUCCUCCUCAUGCUGCUGCUGCUGCGGGUUCUGGGAAUGACAGGGAUGAAAUGCUUCCAGCUGGGGCCACCAUUGGUGAGGAUCGAGAUGCGGGGUGCGAGCCUCAUUCGGACCAAGCAAGAACUGCACUUGAGUCGCCCGCAACCCAAAACGAGCUCGAUGUGCAACAUGCGAGGGACACUGGUUUCAUGGCAGAUAAGGAUCGGUUGGAUAGAGCAUCGCAAAGUAACGGCCAAAAACGGCUGGGAGCUGCGUGGAGUGCUGUGAGAGGGAACGCCAAAGGGCUUUUCUCUUACAUUGUGGGAGCAGACAAGGUGUCAGUAGGAUCAUGAAUGGAAUUUGGAUGGUUUAAAUUGAUUAGACGUUGUAAAUUGUACAAAAUUCAAAUCACUGAAGCGAGCUACA